CCGCUCUCAGUCCAUCCGUCUCUCUCUCUCUCUCUCUCUAUCUCUCUUUAUCUCUCUGUGUGUGUUCCCACGCUUGUGUGUAUGCGUGGGCGUUGUUGUUGACAUCCUUGCCAUUGGACCUUCGUCCUUGUCCUUGCCAAUAGACAUCGCAGUGCCCUUGCCGCCCACAAGUGCGCCCAACUACGCCCACUUCAACCCGCGUCACAGGAUGUUAUAACAUUGCCGCCAUCACAUUCAUUGCCGCCCCAUUUGUUCGCCCGAAAAUUACCCCCUGAUUUGUGGCGGUGUAAAGUGGCAAGGAGUUGCUUAUUACAAUAACGAUUUAAUGUACUGCCUGCUCCAAAGGUCACCAGUCUCAUUCGGCGGCCAUUGUGCGCUGUGUAAAAUUAAAUUGAUAAGAAGUGCUCGCCGCACUUGUAAACGCAUCAUUCGUCGCAGAGCAGUUAUCGUUAGUAAUGUGUGUAGUACAAGUCCGGAAAAGUUGACCCCAAUAGGCGAAUUGAAUUAGGCAUUUAUAACUCCCCUCAAAUUAUUUCUCCGCCACUCACACCUUCAUCCUAUUUUAUGUAUAUUUGUGGAACAAUGGAAAACCAUUAAACAUUGAGAACCAAUCGUUCGUUAUGGAGUCGUGAAGCCAGAAAAGUUGACCCCAAUAAGGGAAUAGGUCUAUUGUAACUUUCUUACACUUGUUUUCCCACAACCCGUGGGUUCAAACUGAUUUAAAGCUAGCACGUUAUGAUUGUCAUAACUUAAAUAUGGAAAUUAAAUGUAUAAAAAUGUUAAGGAACAUUUUAUAUUAUGACGGAAUGGUCAUUUCAGUGAUGAAUUUCCAAACAAAAAUAUAGAUCUAACAAAGAAGUAUAAAUCAUUAAUGAUAAUAGCAAUCCGCUCUAUUUAAGCUAAUAUUAGUUCUGAGCUGAUAGGGAUCCCAUUCAUAGGCGGAUUUUAAGGGGGUCAUACUCCAAUGCGUCGCUCUAAUCGAAGUGACAAUGAUUACCUAAUUAAUAUUUGCAAAUAAACACAGCGGAUUACACUUAUUGCUAAUAAUGCGCAUACAUAGAUAAGCUCAUGGACGCGUUCAUUGACUGCUUGCAUUAUAACGGCAUUUUCGAUGGUUAUUUAUUGUCAGUAAUAAAAGCCGUAAGAUCAAGGCCACACAGCAGGCAAAUGAAAACAAAACCAGAAAACAGCCUUAUGUACCUACAUUUCUAUACUAUAUGCAUAUAUGAAAUGCCAACACAGAUCGUGAGUUGGGGAUUCAAUAACCAACUGGAUUGUCGGGUAUGCGAAAAGUAUUCUUUUACGCAUUAAAUUCGGUUUUUUUUUGUCUGAUUUUUUUGGUUUUGUGCGAAACUCGAACUCCAAACUGGCCACCAAAACGCUCUUUAUAAUUAUGUUGUUUGCAAACAGCUCGUUUUUUAAGCAUUUCGUUAUGGUUCAAUGCACUAUCAAUUCUGAUAGAUAGGUGCCACAAAAAACUGAUGCAAAACUGAAUGAAUAGUUGUAAUUUCAACCUAAAGUUAUAUUUUGCUUUUCCUCUGUCUACUUUAUUUUUAACCUUUUUUUUUGUCUUUGUGCGCCUGCCUGCCCUCCAGUUGGUAUUUCGCUUUAUAAACAAUUUACUACGGCAGCAGCAGAAAAAAAAGCAAAAGUAAAUUCCAAUCAGGGCGUGCAUUGGCGUAGUUAGCUAAACUUAUAGCUACACAGUACAAAUAAGUGGACUUAGGAUAGAGCUAAGCCAUUUAUAUAAACAUAUAAAAAAUAAGCUUAACUUGAAAUAAAAAUGGUCAAAAAACAAUUGAUUUUAAGAAACUUAAAGCUGGCUUUAUAAUACAUUCUUAAACUGAUUACUAUCCGGAACUCAAGCAACGAAGCUAUAUUUUCUUCGAGUGCAGUAAGCCAAACUUAUAGACCAACAAUCGAUCGAUCGAUCGGCCAGCGUGUGGCCCGUAUUCCGUGUCUAUUAGAGAGCAAUUUUCAAGCGAGAAGUCCUUGGCUCAUAUGGUGCAAUAGUUGGAGUGGCCAGCAGGCCAUCCGGCCAGCAGAACACUUUCACAAAUCCGCUUUCCACCUGAUUGCGCAAUCGAAUCCGAAUGCCCGACGCAAAGCGUCUUUCAAUGUCAUUGCAAUUGCAAUUACAAGUUCGCUGCCGCCGCACAGGCCCACACACAGCAGUAUGUUGGUCGUCAGGCUCAAGGCCACGUCAGCAAUAAAGUAAGCCAGGUUGACCAACAUGUGUACUGUAUGCACACAUCAGUGUGGCCAAGAAGCCGGGAUGGCGACGGGGGGCAGCGGGCGGAGCGCCUGCGCCCAGACAAAAAGCAUAGCCAACAACAGCCGGUUGCACAACAACAAGCCGAAAAGUGGGUGUGCGCCGACGAGCCCACCACCGCUCACUGGCCCAAACGGAGCCACCCGAUCCCCGCCUGACUAAAAAUGCCACCUUCUCCACCGGCGUUCGGGUGCAGCAAUGUCUGGCCAAAAGAGCGGAAAAUCAAGUCUAGCUUAGUGAGACCACCAACACUGAAUACCCUAUAAAGUUGAUACGUAUUUGAAAUCGACCUAGAAAGUCCUGAAAAAUAUAUCAUCAAAGCUAUUUUCGAAUUUGAUAUAUUCUAUAUAUUUAUAUAUGUAUAUAAAAGCACAACUUAGCCAACAAAAUGUCUCGAUACUCCAUGAAAGGCAUCAAUUUCAAUGUUAAACGCGAUAUACAGAAGGUGGAUGCUCGCACCUAUGGAUUCCUGAAGACCAAGGGAUCGGAUACGCCGAUGCCCACGGCCGCGAAGAGAAUUAAUCAAUCGACGUUGAUCGAAAGAUUGAAAUCCAUAACAUUAUCUGAAGUGGUGAGCGACGAAGAUCAAUCGUCUACGGAUUCGUUGGAACCGGGUAGCAUGUCCUUCGAAAUGAAACGGAAGCUCUUUGACGCAGCCGAGUUCACCAUCACCCGAGGUCAGAAACUGAGUGUCCUGCCGCAUGCCGCCGAUGAGGGGAUUAACUUUAGUCCGUACGAUACCGGCCACAAGACACUUGAAGAAAUCGAGGAAUACUGCCGCGCCCUCAACAUUAAGUUUGCCAAAUGAAAGGAUAAACUCUUCCAGAGAUUUUACACGAGAUAUAUAUGAUGGAAUUCGGUGGCUAAAGGAUGAAACAGAGCAGAAGAGGAAUAAGGUCUAUAUUCUAUACAAUCCAAUGCAAGUCAAAGAAACUAUUUUAUAAAGCUGAGUUCACUUCAGAACAAAGCCAAAAAUGUACUGAAUACAUUUUAUAUUUUGCCUACCUAAAUAUUACAAUAAUAAAACAAAAUCUUAAAUAAAUGUGGCAAUUUUGUUUAAGUAUAUAAUGAAAUUAGGUACGAGUGCAAGCUUCAAGCAAACAUCGAUAUACCCUUUGCAUAGAAAUUCCAAACAAAACUCGUUUCACAUUUUUAAAGUUUUUCUCGAGUCGUUGUGCCAGUUUUUUUUUUUUUUUUUGCGUAAUAAAUAAACAAAGCAAUGUGACGAUCGACUUGAAUAAGUUAUUCAGCGCAUUCUCCUGCAAUUCCGCGUACGCAUCGUGCUUUCUUUAUUGCACUUCGACUUUCUUUUGGGCCAUGUUUGCUCAAAACUUGACCCAAUUCUCGGUUUUAUGUCCGUCGAUUUGAUAAUCAUCAACAAAUUUUCAUUGAGCUAUAUGGUGCUGAUAAGGAAUAACUGCACUUGAAACACCGCCUUACGAUCGCUUAUAACACUUUGCUUUUUAUGCUACCCUACAACACUGCCAUAAACAUUAGUUAGUUUUUUUCGUUCAUUCGAAAUACCAAACAGACUUAACCACUUUCCAUAGAAAGAUUUAUUAAACACUUCCUGAACUCCCAGGGUUACAGAACGUUUUAACUGGCAAUUCAGUUCCGCUUCUCGACUGCAGACACUUAAUUUCUCGACUUUCACUUGCUCAUUAAUGGCUAUAUUUCAAUGGGCCACUUUAAAAGCAUUAUCAGUGCCACCUCUCGAGUUGGACUUCAAAAUGGGCACGAGGACCGGACCAGAUUUGCAGCGCCACUUAAUUGAUGCAAAUGGAAAUCGAAUUCGAAAUCGUGUCAGAGUCAGAAUCAGAAUUUUUCGCUCAGAUAACGAUAUCACUUGACGUUUGCCGAGAUGCGUCCUUUGGAAUGGAAAAUUUUUCGACUCGAACGCAAACAUGUUUCGCAAAUGCAGCUUGGAAUUUUCCAUUGACAUUCACAAGAAUUGUAAAGUUAACCCUGAAUCUGGUUGCAGAUCCAAGUCGAUACAUAUUCAUUUUUUUUCAAUAGCUGCAGUUGUUUUUUCAAAGCACCAAAGAGUAUGAGAUAUAUGAAGUAUUAAGUUUUUAAUAUAGGAAACUGUUUCAAUUUCAAUAUCAAACUUUCUUUGAUCACUGAACUUCAGGAAGUGUCAUUAGCAUAAGAUAUCUUAAAGAUAGAUUUCAUAACUAGAUUGUUUAGAGAUAGAUGUAUGAUUAACAGAACCCAAACCUAUAAAUAUAUUAUGCUUGAUAUUUAAUCCGAAAAAUAAAAAAAGCAGAUAACAAUUCA